GUCGAUAAGCUCUUCCGCAACUCAUUCUCAACUUACUACGCCCUGGGUCUUCAAGACGUCAAGCAUGGGCGACAUCUUCACACUCAGCAAAAGUUGCUGUCAAGACUUCGAGGACCUUCUCGAGAACCUCGGCCAAGCAGAUGCGGAUCAUCUGCUCCAACUCCCCCCAACGAGCAUAGAAAGCCAGUUCGGCAAAUUUCGAGUAUGGUGCGGAAACUUGGGCGCUCUCCAACCGGGGUUUGCAUCUCUGGAUUACCGUCUGCGCGAGUCGAGGAUCAUGCAAGCGAAUGUCACUGAACUUUUGCAGCAGUUGGAUACUUCCCUGUGUGAAAGCAAUGCAGUGGUCACCGGACGAAGAUUACCAUUCGAGGACCAAUCGGCAUCUUCAGAUUCUGAGACCUGCACAACAGAUGAGUCCGAAAAUGAAGAUGAUGUCGCCUUACCGCAGGAACUAGUGAUGAGACUAUCGAGCAUCAAAUAUGUGUUGAGUGAUCUCUACAGGCUAGGGCACAAAAUCCGAGACCCAAAGCUACGACCAACAUCAAACAGGGCGGUUUUUCUGAAAGCCGAAGACCCAGAAACAGGCAUCGAGUUGUUUGAACAAUUUGCCGUCCUCGACAAGAUGCAUGUUGAAGAGGUUUUCAGAGACUUACGACAAGCUGCCGAGGAUCCAAUUACCGCUCAGAAUGACCUUUCCCAACGGUUAGCUACGGCCAACACUUUGCGUCGAAAGUACUUCAGGUACUGGGAAAGGCAUGCUCAGAAGUUGGCACAGAGUUACCUGGAGCCAAACGAUCCCCGUGGUCCACAACGCGCUUGUGAGGCUGGCCUCCAGGUAGCAAGUCAAUCAAGAUCUCAAGAUGUGGCCGAAGAAGACAAGAAAGCGCAGCCUAUCUCAGGGCCUACCAGAGACGACGGACGCACAUAUCUGUCAAAGACUGACGCGACACCCUACGAUGCAAGUCGUGAUGACGAGACUGAGCGGGCAACAGUAGUAUCCUUCGCCUCUACCGCUCUGGACGCCGAUGGCAAGGGCAUAGAGCUUCCAGGGCCGCCAGCAGACGCCCUCAAAGGCGAAAGCUUCACUUGCCCUUAUUGUUUGGUCCUGUGUCCAGCAAAACAAGGCCAUGGCAAGGUUUGGAAAGCACAUGUUCUACACGACCUUCAACCUUACGUCUGCACCUAUGAAGAAUGCCUCAAGCCCAAUGAACUCUACAAAUCGCGGCGCCAAUGGCAGGAGCAUGAGAAUUCUGCGCAUCGUAAGACUUGGCGCUGCAACAAACAUUCUCAGGCCAUCUUUCCAUCUCCGAACGGACUCAGGACUCACUUUCACCACGAACACGAGGAGCUCGCUGAAUCCGAAAUUGAAGAGCUCUUGCCAAUUCUUGCUUCUGCACACGCUGACGACCGCGAAUUCUGCCCAAUCUGCCUUCAAAACUGUCCCUUCCCGAAAGGCCUCACUAAUCACAUCGCCAAUCAUCUGGAACGAAUCGCCCUAUUUGCUCUUCCGAAGAAUUACAUAGAUGACGAAACCGACUCUGCCGUCGCGGUGGCUCCGAGAGAAAGCACCGCCGGUUCUCAAGCGUGGACAGAUCUCAUGUCGGAUUCACACAAGCCAGCACCUCCAAUCACUACUCCGCAAAAUGUGAAAAACGUCGUUACUCAACUACGGGAUGCGAUGAAGCGUUUUCGAGGCCGAAAUGGGACAGACGGAGAAGAGCCAGUCUAUCUUCCAAAGUCGGCGGCUGAGGAGUUUUGGGACGAUGAAAAACUACGCUCUGUCCUUGAGGUAUACCUUCUUGAACACAAACUCGACCCGUCCCUGAUAAAGAGUACCUGCUUGUCGGCUUUCACCCUCCUAAUCUUUGUUGAUCGCGGAUAUCUCCUCCAUACCUUUCUUGACAAAACUAACAGUAACAUUUUACUUCGGGAUGAGGAUUUCCCUCUCCAUCGUUUCCCAUCGACCUGGCGAGACCUGAGUACAGCUCGUUCGCUCUUCCAAAGCUUCUACGAAAUUCAAUGGGCCUUCUUCCCUAUUAUCUUUGACACAGCGACUCUCGUCAACCAGGUUAUCGAUCCCGCAUGCAUCUUGCCCAUCUAUCAUGAACAGGCCAUACUUCAAGAUGAUCUCAUCACGGUAACCAAGAUUGAGACAGAUUUAAAAUGCACAACUCUUGGUCAGACAACUUUGGUACGAAAAACUUACAACGAGGUAUUGAAGGACCAAUACGACCGAGAGAGAAAAGCAUUCGAAUCUCUCAGAGGUGUGAACUCUGGAAACAUCCUCCGAUGCUACGGCUCCUACCGACAACUUCGAAGUGACGGGAAAAUCACUUAUAAUCUUCUAUUGGAGUAUGUUUCCGGCGGCGACUUUGGCAGCUUGUUAGCGUCUAGUCGACCCCCUCAAACAUUCUCACAGGUCUGCGACCUCUGGACCGCUUUCAUUGGAUUACUGGAGGGCCUUUCCUUGCUUCACCGUUCUCGUGUCCUCAACAGUGACAAUUCAAGUACCCAUGUUGAGUCACCCGGAGAAGAACACUCAGUUGCGGAUGAGCCAUCUUUCCGAGUCCCAGGGGGGGUGGACUAUCAGCGAAUUCAUCAAGAUAUCAAACCAGAGAAUCUCCUCGUAUCCAGAAGUCAUUCCAGGGAUUACUCUUUCGAACUUAAGAUCGCGGAUUUUGGAUUCACGCACACUAAGAUUCUGGGCGGUUUAGACUUCACCCAGCGGCAUGGUUCAGGGACAGACUUUCAUGGCGGCCAAACAUAUGGUGCUCCUGAGCGCAGUCAUCAUAUCAGACCAUCACAGCAUGUUUCUGGCCAUAUCACAACAGCAGCCGACAUAUGGUCAUUAGGCUGCGUCAUCAGUGCGACCGCUGCAUGGGUGGCCCUUGGCAAAGAAGGCCACAACGAAUACUGGGGAAUGAGGGUCGAGGAGCUGAAAACACUGGUAGCUUUCGACGGCAGCGGACAUGAUGGUUGCUUCCACAAUGGCGUUGGCCCGCUAACGGCUGUAUCCAAAAUGCACCAAAUUAUUACCAGCUCCGUGGCUCGCUUUGACACCAUCACCCCCAAAGUCAUUGACAUGGUUCAAAAUCACAUGUUAUGCGAAAUGGAUCAUCGAUAUCCGGCCUCUGACCUUCGAAAGGUGCUUAAUACAAUCAUCGAAACAGCCAAGGAAGAGUAUCGAACUUCGGGGAUUCCAGCGGACCAGCAAGCAGAGGAAAAAGGCACAGCAUCCAUUCCGACUACCAAGGUUUCCCAUGAAAAACUUGAUUCCGAUCUUGAUUCUGUUCCUAGUGUUCCAAAUGCCUCUACGGAGGCCAGGACGGACAAAGGACCCAUGGUUAUGGACAGCUAUCCCGAUUAUGGGUUGAGGCAAAGUGACCUCUUGGACUAUCUGCAAAGUAUUUUCCCGAACCAUAUAAUGGAUGUCAAAGUCAAUACGGGCGGCGGACAAUACCAGCUGAGUAUCCCUGAGCGAUUAACUAUGAGUCAGAGGGAUCGUAUUGCAGAACACGUCCGCUCUCGUCCACGUGAUUCAGACAGUGAAUAAUUUUCAAUAUCAAGAAGUUAAGGUGCCCUAGUAUAUAUACCCAGAGGGCGGACUAAGGCUCAACAGUAAAAAAGGACACCAACAAUAGUAUCAACAGUACAGACUAUUUACCCAGUCCAUUCAAAUAUCAACAAUACACUCAGACAGACUAAGGUUUCUAGUCCAAAUGGUUACCUUUCCCAAUACCUUUAUAAGC